GUACCCGUCUGCUCUAGUCUGCGAGUUCCGUGUGCGCAUGCGCGGCUGCGGAGCUGAAGAUGGCGGCGCGCGCUCUGAGUAAAUCGGGCCGGUUUGAUAAAGUGUAUAAACUGGUGAUCGGCUCCAGGUCGGCAUCUGGUGUAUCUAAAGGUUCUCUGCCAGGACCCUACCCCCAGACCCCUGAAGAAAGGGCAGCAGCAGCUAAAAAAUACAACCUAAGGCUGGAAGACUAUCAGCCAUACCCUGACGACGGAAAAGGGUAUGGAGAUUACCCGAUGCUGCCCAACCGCUCUCAGCAGGAGAGAGACCCCUGGUACAGUUGGGACCACCCAGACCUGAGGAGGAAUUGGGGUGAAUCGAUGCACUGGGACUUUGAUAUGUAUACCCGGAACAGGGUUGACACAUCUCCUUCACCGGUUGACUGGUCCACUAUGUCUAAGACCCUGCUGGGAUACCUGGGGUUCAUGCUGCUGAUGUUUGGGCUCGGGGAAGUGUUCCCUAUGUACCAGCCAGUGAUGCCAAAGCAGUACCCCUACAAUGAUCUAUAUCUGGAGAGAGGCGGAGACCCAGAGAAACAGCCUGAACCUGUUAAACAUUAUGAAAUCUAAUCUUGUAUAAUACUCUGUGUGUGUUUUUCUGUCUAAAAUAAAGUAAAUUAUAAUGGA